CGUUUGAGGGUCUCUUUAAAUUUUUAUUUCCCAGUUUAAAUAGAUAUAUUCAAAAGAGCUUUUUGCAUAGUUCAUGUAACCUCUCAGGGCCUCUUUUAUUGUUCCUCUCCAAAGGAACUCCCCCCUUUAGGGUUCCCUCUAAGAAUCCAAAAGGGUCUCGAUACUCUUUCUGCAGAAUUCUGGAAUGAUGAGGACGAGUGGACCACAUCUUCUUGCAUUGUCAGUCUGUUAGAGCUGGGUGGACAGUUGGUCCUUUCUUGGAGCGUGGAAGGCAGAUUUGUUUGAUGUUCCCAUAUGCAAGCCUGUGGGGUAUUUGGAAGGAGAGAAAUGAUAGGAUAUUUGACGACAAGUUUUCAUGUCCUGAUUUGCUUAAUGUUUCUAUUGUUAUCUUUGGUCCUAGGGUGCAUGCAAUCCAUAGUCUUGAAGAAGCUCCCAGCAUGGUUCUUUUGUUACCCAUGAAAGCUUUUAUGUUGAAAUAUAUAUGCGGAACUUAUCAGAGGCUCUAAUCUCAGAAUGACGCGGACUACAUUCUCUAAAUAUUAUCACAGAAAAUCCAUCUUGACUAGGGAUGUAAAGGACGAUGCGGCUAUUACUUGCUCCAUAGAUCAUUCACGGACUCAUUCCAAUUCAUCGGCUAUCGAGGACAUGAGUGCUAGCUCACCUAAAAGGAAUGACUACGUGUACAAGCGACGGAGGAAGACUGAGAACAGCUUUGCUCCUUUGUCUUCGGAGGCAGCAACAGACAAUAUGAAGGGAGAGAUCCAAGAGGUCAGAGCUGAUGUUCCGCCUGUAGAAUUAUGCAAAGGAGAUCUUCUUGAAAAUGGAAACACACCCUCUUGUCAAAAUCACCACCCGAGCACACGAAUUGAUAAUUUUGGGAGCGUGGAGAUCAUUUCGAAAUCAGAUUCUAUAGAUGAUAGUUGCUGCUCAUCAAAAUCUAAUGUGGAACAUGGUUUGGCUUUCGUGAAGAUUGAAGAGGAUGAAGCUGCAGAGUGCUCGUCUUCUGAUAUUGUGGUGACGGAGUUAUUGAGGAAAAACCCUUUGGAGAAGGACCUGUCCAUUUCCGCUGACGCUUGUGCUUUUGUAGACAUCCUUGGUAUUGAUGCAAGUUGUUCUCAACCUUGCAAAAUAUGUGGUAUUUUAGACAAACCAUUGAAGAUGCUAAUCUGUGACCUUUGUGAAGAAGCAUUUCAUUUAUCAUGCUGCAAUCCGAGGGUGAAAAAGAUUCCAGUUGACGAGUGGUAUUGUCAGUCUUGUAUAAGAAAGAGGCCGAAACCUUUGUUCGAGACUACCACUGGCGGUAUAUCUUCAAAUAUCAUGGGUGAAAUGUCGGAGUAUAGAAAGAAAUUCUUGCGAAGCGGAGGUGGCAUAAUAUCAUUCAUGUUGAAAGAUACAGAGCCAUAUACGACUGGAGUACGGAUUGGAAAAGCUUUUCAAGCAGAUGUUCCCGACUGGUCUGGGCGAAUCUCUGAGGCACCUCUUUUUGAAGUUCAAACUGAUGAUUGGGAUUGCUCUUGUGCUGUUCUUUGGGACCCAAUCCAUUCCGAUUGUGCCGUGCCUCAGGAACUGGGAACAGAGGAAGUUCUAAUGCACCUUAAAUACAUAGAAGUGGUAUGUCUGCAACCUCUUUUGAAGCAUUUCCCUCUCCACAAGGGCAGAUCUGAGGCCUCGGUUGGCAGCUAAAGCACAGAAACAAACUCACAUCAAAACCAAUGGUUCCGAGUAGUGGAACAGAGAGUGUAACACCAAGGCUUGUUCGCGACCUCGAAUGCAUGUAAGUGUUCAUAUGUCUUGCCUCAUCAAUGUAUAAUGUAUAUCUGAUCACUUUAAUUAAAAGGAGUGUGCGUCGCUUGGUU